AGUUUAUUUGAUAACUGCAAGUUUUAUUUGUUUACAUUUGCAAAGUGUUUAUAAAAUUUGUGUUUAAAUUGUUCAAAUUAAUUGCAAAUGCUCUCUAUCAUCAAAUUUAAACCUUUAUCAGGGGCUCAUGAUGAAGGUCCUCCAUCUUACUUAUUAACCAUCGACUCUUUUACUUUUCUACUUGACUGUGGUUUAGACCCUAAUAUUGAUAAUGAACCUAGUAACAUUUAUAAUAAAAGUUCCAUUAAAAAUGUAGAUGCCGUUCUUCUUUCUCAUCCGGACACUUUGCACUUGGGUGCUUUACCCUAUCUGGUUGGAAAAUGUGGAUUAGACUGUCCCAUAUAUGCUACAGUUCCUAUUUUCAAAAUGGGACAAAUGUUCAUGUAUGAUCUACAUCAAUCUCGUCACAAUUAUGAAAAUUUCAAUCUUUUUACUUUGGAUGAUGUGGAUGCGGCCUUCGACAAAAUCAUUCAGUUAAAGUACAAUGAAACCGUGCCUUUAAAAGGAGGACAGGGUAUAAGUAUAACUCCCUUACCGGCAGGUCAUAUGAUUGGUGGUACUAUUUGGCGUAUUGUUAAAGAUGGUGAAGAAGAUAUAAUAUAUGCUGUUGAUUAUAACCAUAAACGAGAAAGACAUUUAAAUGGAUGUUUUCUGGAACAUAUCUCUAGACCUAGUUUAUUGGUGACUGAUGCAUAUAAUGCUAAAUAUUCUCAAGCUCGAAGAAAAGAACGUGAUGAACAAUUGAUGACAAAUAUAUUGGCCACACUACGUGAUGGUGGUAAUGUUUUGAUUGCUGUUGAUACUGCUGGUAGAGUUCUUGAGUUAGCUCACAUGUUGGAUCAAUUAUGGCAUACUCCUGAUGCUGGUUUAAUGGCCUAUUCAUUGGCUCUUCUAAAUACAAUUUCCUACAAUGUAAUCGAAUUUGCUAAAUCCCAAGUAGAAUGGAUGAGUAAUAAGAUAAUGAAAUCUUUUGAAGGGCAACGUAACAAUCCGUUCCAGUUCAGACACCUUCAAUUAUGUCACAAUUUAAAGGAGCUUCAGCAGCGUGUCCGUGAGCCGAGAGUUGUACUUGCAUCUCAGCCAGAUUUGGAAUCUGGAUUUGCUCGUGAAUUAUUCGUGCAAUGGUGCACGAAUCCAAGAAAUAGUAUAAUUUUGACUCAAAGAUCACCACCUGGAACUCUUGCUCACCAAUUAAUGAAUUCUUCUCAGAAGUUGAUUACGCUAAUCAUAAAACAAAGAAUACCUUUGGAAGGUUUAGAGUUGGAAGAAUAUAAAAGAGAAAAACAACAAAAACAACUACUCAAUGCUAAAAAAGAUGUCUCUGACUCUGAUACAGAUUCUGAUUCUGAUGACGAUAUCUUACCUAAAAGUGUUCAUGGACCCGGAGUUGCUGCCGGUACUGGUUCUAGUUACAAUUCUGUUGCAGCAGGUCAUGGGACUGUCGUAGCACCAGGAAAUGAUGUCUAUGAAGGUCUAGGAUACUCAAAAUAUGAUUUAGUGAUGCCUGUUGGUUCAGGCAAAAUCAAAGUCGGUGGACUAUUUAAACAAGGGAAAAAUCCAUUUCCAAUGUUCCCAGCCCCUGAACACAAGAUUAAAUGGGACGAUUAUGGAGCCUUCAGUAACCAUAAACUUUUCCCUGUUAGUGAGAAUUCAACAGCUGCGGAAUCUGGUCAAGGAUCUAAAUUUGAAGAGAAUAAGGAAAAUAAAAAAGGCGAUGAUGAGAAUAGUCUUCAUCCAGCUUCAGCCAGUGAUCAACAAGAAAUACCAACCAAAUGCAUCACCAAUGUGCAAACAUUUUAUGUUAACGCUAACAUACAGUUUAUCGAUUUUGAAGGUCGAUCUGAUAAAGACUCGUUGAAAAAAAUCAUCUCUCUCAUCAAACCUCGGCGUCUAGUUUUAAUACAUGGAUCUUCCGAGGCAACUCAAGAACUCGCUAGUUAUUGCUCAUCAUCUUUACCCACCAAUAAAAUAUUCACUCCAAGAGUAGGUGAAAUAGUUGACGCUACAACAGAAAGUCAUAUUUAUCAAGUUAAAUUAAAAGACUCACUUGUGAGUACGCUCAACUUUGUUAAAGCUAAAGAUGGAACUGAAUUAGCAUGGGUUGAUGCAGAUAUUGAAAUGUCCGAGGAAAGAUCGUUAUUACCACAAGACUCCAUAUCCGGUCAAAAUGAAGAUGAACUUAUGGAUGAUCUCAAGGCUGACAAAUUAUUAAGUUUAAAAGGAGAUUCCAUUCACGACGAAAUGAAUGGUGAUAAUCCGUCAACAUCAGCAUUUUCAUCUUCAUCAAGUCGAGAAACCUUACCCAUACUCAAGCCUCUUGCUCUAAAACUAGUUCAACCACAUGAAAAUAUUUUUGUAAAUGAACUUAAAUUAUCCGAUUUCAAACAAGUGCUUAUGAACAACGGAAUCCAAGCCGAAUUCCAUGGAGGUGUUCUUCAUUGUAAUAAUCUAGUGACAAUCAAAAGGAAUGAGUCUGGUCGUAUUCUCAUUGAAGGAACUCUAUCUAAUGAUUAUUUCCAAGUUAGAGAGCUUCUAUAUCAACAAUAUUCCAUAAUUUAAUCAAUAUUAUAUCAUUAAUAUUUAUAAUUAAACUUCAAACCCUUUUCUAAUUCCUCUGUUCCUUAAAUUUUGUAAAAUUUCCAACAGCCUAACUCAUUUUCACAACUUUCCAUUUUACUGUUGUUUAAAAUUCAAUACAGCACUCAAUUUGGUCUUUUUGCCAUCUCAAAUCAUAGUAAAUUAUUUGUGAAUCUGAUAGUUGGUUGAACACUUUAAUUAAAUUUGUGUAAAUUAAAUAGUCUUUUUAUAAA